UUCUCUGGGAUGUGGUCGGCUCUGGAACAGAAGAAGAGAUUAUUUCCAGUGAUUAACGCGGGGUUUCCAUUCGCGGACGGACUUUGUCUCUCUUGCCGCGCGGCAGGUUCAGGUUCCGAUCUCAGUCGCAACGCGCAGCCCGAGAUGAUGAAGCUGAAGUCGAACCAAACGCGCACAUAUGAUGGAGACGGGUACAAGAAGCGGGCCGCCUGCCUGUGCUUCAGGAACGACGCCGAGCAGGAGGUGUUACUGGUGAGCAGCAGCAGAUAUCCAGACAAAUGGAUCGUACCUGGAGGAGGAAUGGAGCCCGAGGAAGAGCCCAGUGUUGCUGCUGCGCGAGAAGUCUGUGAAGAGGCUGGUGUCAAGGGCACUUUAGGAAGACUAGUAGGAAUAUUUGAGAAUCGAGAUAGGAAACACAGAACGUUCGUCUACGUUCUCAUCGUAACUGAAGUUCUAGAAGAUUGGGAGGAUUCAGUAAACAUUGGGAGAAAAAGGGAAUGGUUCAAAAUCGAAGAUGCCAUAGAAGUGUUGCAGUGUCACAAACCAGUACAGGCCACUUACUUCGAGGCCCUGCAGGAAGGCUGUGUGAACAGUAACGGGACGCCCCUGGUGGCCACGAUAGGCGGAGACCUGUCACCCACCUACAGCAUUAAUCAGAGCUCCGUCUCUGAUAUCAGAUAACUAAUGCAAAACAUUGAUUAUUCUAUCCUCUUCUUUUUUGUUAAAAAAGACACAAAAAUGACGGUUUGCCAAUGCUUUUUGAGCACCGAGAAGGUGGCGCAGACAUCAAGUGUUGGUUGAUUAUUCGAAACGAUGUUUUGUAAAUGUAACACUUUUGCUUUCUCCUGUUUGAUUCUCCUUUCAUGCGGACUGUUGCAUGAAACCUGCGACUUCUAGCGGCCCAAGUGUGAGAUUAAACGAAUGCAAGAA